AUGGAAGAAGUAGUGGCCGCGGCACGAGGCCUCCUCCUCACCCCCACCGCCCUCCUCCUCGUCGCCGGCCUCAUCACCGUCCUCUACGCGCUGCGCCGCCGCCGCGGCGGCGGCGGCGGCCUCCGCCUCCCGCCGAGCCCCUACGCACUGCCCUUCCUGGGCCACCUCCACCUCCUCGCCCCCCUCCCGCACCAGGCGCUUCAACGCCUGGCGGCGCGCCACGGCCCGCUCCUCUACCUCCGCCUGGGCUCCGUCCCCGCCGUCGCCGCCUGCUCCCCGGCCGCCGCCCGCGAGGUGCUCAAGACCCACGAGGCCGCGUUCCUCGACCGCCCAAAGCCGGCGGCGGUGCACCGCCUCACGUACGGCGGCCAGGACUUCUCCUUCUCGGCGUACGGGCCCUACUGGCGCUUCAUGAAGCGCGCGUGCGUGCACGAGCUCCUGGCCGGGCGCACCCUGGACCGCCUCCGCCACAUCCGCCGCGAGGAGGUGGCCCGCCUCGUGGCGUCGCUGUCCCGGAGCGCCGCCGCCGCCGGCGAGGCCGUCGACGUGGACGCCGCGCUCAUGGGCCUCACGGGUGACAUCGUGUCCCGCAUGGUGAUGAGCCGGCGGUGGACCGGGGAGGAGGACGGCGACACGGAGCAGAUGCGGACCGUGGUCGCCGAGACCGCCGAGCUCACCGGCACGUUCAACCUGCAGGACUACAUCGGCGUGUUCAAGCACUGGGACGUGCAGGGAAUCGGGAAGCGCGUCGACGCCGUGCACCGCAAGUUCGACGCCAUGAUGGAGCGGAUACUGACGGCGAGGGACGCCGAGAGGCGGCGCCGGCGGGAGGAGGACGGCGCCGGCGAGGUGGGCGCCAAGGACGUGCUGGACAUGCUGUUUGACAUGCACGAGGACGAGGCCGCCGAGAUGCGCCUCAACAGGGAUAACAUCAAGGCGUUCAUGCUGGACAUCUUCGCGGCCGGCACGGACACGACGACGAUCACGGUGGAAUGGGCGCUGUCGGAGCUGAUCAACAACCCAUCCGUCCUCCGCCGCGCGCAGGCGGAGCUCGACGCCGUCGUCGGGACAUCCCGCCUCGCCGACGAGUCGGACGUCCCCAACCUCCCCUACCUGCAGGCGAUCGCCAAGGAGACGCUCCGCCUCCACCCGACGGGCCCGCUGGUGGUACGCCGCUCCAUGGAGCCCUGCCGGGUGUCCGGCUACGACGUGCCCGCCGGCGCGACGGUGUUCGUGAACGUGUGGGCGAUCGGGCGCGACCCGGAGAGCUGGGGUCCCGACCCGCUGGCGUUCCGGCCGGAGAGGUUCCUGGAGGGGGAGAACGCCGGGCUGGACGUGCGCGGGCAGCACUUCCACCUGAUCCCGUUCGGGUCCGGCCGGCGGAUCUGCCCUGGCGCGUCGCUGGCCAUGCUCGUGGUGCAGGCGGCGCUGGCCGCCAUGGUGCAGUGCUUCGAGUGGGAGCCGGUGGGGGGCGCGCCCGUGGACAUGGAGGAGGGGCCAGGGCUCACGCUGCCGAGGAAGCACCCGCUCGUCUGCACCGUGAAGGCCAGGCUCGACCCCAUGCCGGGUCUCGCCGCUGAUGAGGACGACGCGGCGGCGGCUGCGGGUGGGAAGUGA